AUACUGAACCUGUAGCUACAUCAAAGCAGAGAGAGAGAGAGAGAGAGAGAAUCAAACUUACAUUCCAACUUGAAUGACUUUUAAAAGAGCACCAGUUAGCAAUAAGGACAUGCAACAGUUAAAAGAUUGAGGCCCCCAACUAGUCACUCUCCCCAAAAGUGCAGUACAAAAAUGAUGAUGUACAGGGCCCAAUAACAUCAUGAUGAUGACUGACUGAGUGAUCUGGCUGCUUGUCGGCCUCACUACAACAUUUUCUUAUCGAUAGGGAUCAGUCUUUCCAAAAAAAGGAAAAGUAUGGUUUGUGUCAUGGUGGAACUCUCUAUUCUACUAAUUGAUUUCAUUCUCAUUGUACAGUGGGCGCUGCCGAUCAUCCUACAUCAGCAGCAGUUGCUCACUCUUUUCUUUUCAAAUGAUACAUGCGAGAAAAAGAUGAAAACAGUUGUUUUGUGUGUAUAUCGUUUUUUUGGCAUGUGUAUACUUUAUCCUCUUGAUUACUUUCCGAAGAAUCACCUGAGAGAGAGAGAGUGAGUGAAAGAGA